GUUUCAUGCAGUGGUCCAGUUAGACUUCAUUUUUACUUUAUUUUAGAUGAAAAGCAUCGAAUCAGCAGGUUUUGUUUGAAAACAUUUGUAAGUGUAUUGCAGGCCAAAAAUUGUGAGUAAAAAAAUGGUUUUUGUUGAAUACACAAAUAAAAAAAGCCAUCAAAGAUGGAUCACACAAUCCUGGGAGCUCUUCACACUGAAGUAAAAGUGAAGAUUGUGUGGAUCUAGUUGAAAGAAAAGAAAACGGGGUUUCCCUUCUACCACGUACGUAAACUUCUCUCAAGUAUGAUGCAUCACGCAUUAUCUCGGUGCAGUGGCCGUGAAUAAAGCAGCUAAAGUUAACCACAGUAAAAGGGAGAUUUUGCUAGGCCGUGUGAAGCCUAGUAGCCAAUCUGCACCAUCGAAAGUUCACCACCAAAAUACUCCCAUCUCAAUCCUUGCCAACCUGUGCUCUAUGCUGGUGGAGUUCGAAGCAGUUAACUGCCUUUUGAGCAAAAAGAUGGUCAGAUUGAUCAUGGUCCGAAGGGUUGAUUGUUAUUUUUUUGGGGGGGGUGGGGAAAUGAACUGUAAGGAUGCUUGAACCUUAGUUCUCUGGAACUCUAUAGAAGUAAAAUGGCUGCAUACUUCUUUUCCUCAGAAAAGAGCUACUUUCAUUUUCUCUCUACUCUUUUUUCUUGCAUUUCUAAAAUUGCUGUAAAAAAAAGACAGAGGAACUUUACAAAGAAAAAAAAUUGCGCAUUUGUAGAGUUGGAAAGAUGGACUUGUUACCGGAUUUCCGAUCACACCCCGUAACGACGGCACUACUGUGCAUAUCCGGCUUCCUGCUAAUUUUAACUGCCUUUGAUAUCUUGCAUCCGAUUCAGUUGGUGUAUAGUCCGACCCUCGUGUAUGAUCAAAAACAGUAUUGGCGCUUAGUUACCUGUUUUUUAUACUUUGGUGAAUUCAAAUUAAACACAUUGCUCCAUUUGAACUGGGUUGUUUACAUGAGUGGUGUGAUUGAGCAGCAUUUCUUUAUUAAACGCUCUUUAGAUUACAUCUGGCUGCUUUUCCUGGGCUGUAGCAUGAUUCUUUUUAUUCGAUCCAUCCGAGUGAUAGACUUGCCAUACCUGAGCGUCGUGCUUGGGAAUAUGCUUCUUUACUUGGUCAGUCGCAUACUCCCGCGACACAAUGUUAACAUUGUUGAGAUCAUUGAAAUUCCAGUGCGGAUGUUGCCUAUUGUUUAUGUUUCCAUUGGCACUGCAAUGUAUGGACUGUCUGGGAUCAAGAUAAACUUGGUUGGAUACUUUGUAGGCCAUGUACUUUGGUAUUUUUCAGAAAUUUUCCCACACAUCACAGGGCUACAUCUGCUGCGAAUUCAGCAUCGUAUUGAACGACUCUUAGCUUGAAAUGUAAUAAAAUAUGGCCUAGCAAGUGUUUGAUUGAGAAAUUGGAAUGGGAAAAGACCAAAAAAUCUUGAUGUUGGUGUCGUUUUUCCCCCUUUUUUGAA